AAAGGAACCUUGCAAUAUCAGAUUGGCCAAGUCCUUGGAAUGUUUUCCACGGCUCAAGUCAAUGGAGUAAACUAUACAGAAAUUACUCAAGAGAGCCAAGCCCCAAAUUACGUUUUCACGAUAACAUCAUUUGCAGGACAGUGAAGCUCAAAAAAACUAAGUCUUUGGAAAUGGAUCUCUCUGUAGUUUGCUUGUUGAUGCUGGUCCUUGUAUGUCAUGGAGCUGGCCAUAACGAAACGUUCCAAGAAGCAAAGUGUAAGAAGCAUGGUCCGGCCAUAAGAUUUCCAUUCAGACUCGACAAGCAGCCAGAGUACUGUGGCUAUGAUCCUGGGUUUGUUCUAUCUUGCAAUGAAAGGAACGAAACAUUGUUGCAGCUACCAACUUCUGUGACGCUCAACAUCAAGAAAAUUGACUAUAAAUCACGGUUAAUCAUUGCAGCUGAUCCAGAUAACUGCCUCCCAAGACAUCUUAGAAAUUUCAGUUUAUCUAAAUCUCCUUUCAAAUUUGCGGACCAGUACCAGUAUGAUUGUACCCUUUUCAACUGUACAUCAAAGCAUGGAGAUUAUUAUGAUCGGAUACCUUGCCUUAGUGUUCCUGGAUAUGAUAUCUAUGCCUAUAGUUCUAAUAAUUUCCUCGGUUAUACAGAUCUGACUUCUUGUACCAAGAUGUAUAAUGUUACAUCAAUUCCAUCGGAAAUGACUGGCGGUGAUAAUAUUCUUCACUUGAACUGGUCAGAACCAGCAGCAUGUGGAAUUUGUGAAGAACACGGCAUGUUCUGCAGAUGGAAGAAUAACACUAAGCUUGGAACUGAAUGCUAUAAGAAGCCUAAAUCAAAGAAAGGCAAAAUAAGGAAGAUAGAGGGUGCGGUUGCAACCGUGGGUUCGGUUCUUGUAUUACUGGUAUUGUUGGCAGCCUACCGUGUCUACAGCUCUGAUAAAGCAGCGAAAAACAAUCAGAAAAGGAUUGAAAACUUUCUGGCAGAUUAUAAAGCUCUCAAGCCCGCAAGAUACACGUAUGCUGACAUUAAAAGGAUUACGGAUGAGUUCAAGGACAAGCUGGGUCAGGGAGCAUAUGGAACUGUGUUUAAAGGAAAGCUUUCUGAUGAGAUCUUUGUUGCUGUGAAGAUCCUGAACAACUCAACAGGAAACGGAGAGGAGUUCAUCAAUGAAGUGGCAACAAUGGGAAAGAUCCAUCACGUCAAUGUUAUACGCCUAGUUGGUUACUGUGCUGAUGGAUUUCGAAGAGCUCUGGUCUAUGAUUACCUGCCAAAUGAAUCACUAGAGAAAUUUGUAUCUUCAGAACAUGGCGAAACCUCCAGUCUUAGCUGGGAGAAGCUUCAGGAUAUUGCUCUUGGCAUGGCUAAAGGCAUCGAAUAUCUUCACCAAGGCUGUGAUCAGCGAAUCCUCCAUUUCGACAUCAAACCUCAUAACAUCUUGUUAGAUGACCAUUUCAAUCCAAAGAUUUCUGAUUUCGGUCUGGCAAAGCUGUGCUCCAAGGAUCAGAGUGCCGUGUCCAUGACUACAGCUCGAGGAACCAUGGGGUAUAUUGCACCUGAAGUUUUCUCUAGGAACUUUGGGCAUGUUUCCUAUAAGUCUGAUGUUUAUAGUUUUGGAAUGGUGUUGCUCGAAAUGGUCGGAGGGAGGAAGACUAUCGAUGAUAAGGUAGAGAACAGCAACCAAAUCUACUUCCCAGAAUGGGUCUACAACAGCCUGGAUAAAGGAGAAGAGCUGAGAAUCAGAAUUGAAAAGGAGGGGGACGCGCAAAUCGCAAAGAAGCUGACUCUUGUAGGACUAUGGUGCAUUCAGUGGCACCCCGUGGAUCGUCCGUCCAUGAAUACUGUCGUGCAAAUGUUGGAAGGAGAAGGAGACAAGUUAACAAUGCCUCCUAGCCCUUUUGCUUCUGCAGGUCCUGGAAGAAUGCAUGCAAAUAUGCCAGGGAGACCUCAUUAUCAAGCGUUGGAGGUGAUCUCUGAAACAGAGUAAGCAUGCAAUGAUCAAGUAGUCAAGUAGAAGGGCUACGCAAACAUAUCUGCAGAGAGUGAGGCGUUCUAUAAUCUUUGAGGGUGUGUAAUAUUUGUCCAACUGAAAGCAAGGCAUGUAAUAUAAUCUUCGUACAUUGAACAAUGAUGGUGUUUCGGAUGUAUUACUGACGCCAAUAUGAUCAACGCAAACUAAGUAUAAAUAUUUGAACUUUAUUUUUUUGGUUCUCAAA